AUGGAGGCCAGUUCUACCAGCCUCAAGAGGCUGAAAUUUGGGAAGCUGAAGGUGGUACGUCGGCGCUUGCUGCAGAGAUAUGAGCACCAGCCCUUCAUCUCCUGCCUGGCUGGUUUCUACAGCUGCCGGUGGAAGCGGUACCAGCGUGAGAGGACAGAGCCUGGGAAGUGCUGCUGCAAGAUGCGGGAAUGCAUGUUUUUCCCAUUGCUAGUUGGAGCUUUCUGCCUUUCUCUGGUCUUUCUGUACAUGAGCUCUGGAGCGAAAAAUGACUACAAUAACUUUGACUGGUAUACCUAUAUAAACCUGGGCUUCUGGUUUCUCUGGUCUCUUGUUGUCCUCACUGUGGCUGUAGUGUCGUUCAUGUACAUCGCGCUGUUAUUGGUCCUAGCGAUGUGUUUGCUUGCAGAAGGUCAGCAGCUCUACCUGCACUGGAGUCACAAGAUGGGGACUUUACUUGUCUUGGGCCUCUCCAUCUCAGCCCUCUUUGUGAUUUCAGUUCUCUGGGGACAAAUAUGGCAAACUGUCCGUCUGUCCUUCCAGAUCACAGCCCCCUAUCUCCACAUAGGGGCAAUAGCCAUCAUGGUCCUCCUGUCCUGGCCCGUGGCUCUUCAUGCUGUCAGAGCAGAUAAGAAAGUUGUUCGGGUGAUAAUUGUUGGUCCAUACCUGGCUAUCCUUCUCUUUCUUUUCUUGAUACCUCUGGGGAUGUACUCUCCUUGCAUCAGAGAGAUGGGGACACUUGGACCAAAGCCAGCCCUCAUUGGACACCGUGGAGCACCCAUGUUGGCACCAGAAAACACUGAGAUGUCAUUUCAGAAGACAAUUGAACAUGGUGGGGAUGGUCUUGAGACAGACGUCACCAUUAGCUAUGAUGGGAUUCCUUUCCUCAUGCAUGACAACAGCCUAAAGAGGACAACUAACAUCCAGGAACUCUACCCCAAUUACAGUGAUAAACAUGCUGCUUUUUUCUCCUGGGAUACCCUGAAGGAGUUGAAUGCUGGAAUGUGGUUCUUUAAGGACAAACCAUUUGCAUGCAUGGGCUCACUGUCAAGGGCAGAUCAAGACCAGGCAAUGAAUCAGUCAAUUUACACCCUGAGCAGUUUCUUACGCCUCGCAGACACUCAUAAUAAGCUUGUGAUAUUUGAUCUCUACCGUCCUCCAUUGACACAUCCUUACAGGAACUUAUGGAUCAACAGAACUCUGGAAGUCAUCCUCAAAGAAGUGAGGAUUAAACCCCAUCUGGUCUUAUGGCUGGACAACAACUUCAGGUCCUUAGUUCGGUCUGUUGCUCCUGAGUUUCAGCAGACAAGGGGCACUAAGGCCCCAGUUGAAGACCUAUUGAUGAACAAGAUUGACAAACUCAAUCUGGCCUACACUGAAAUGUCCAGUGAAGAUAUCCGGAAAUAUGCUGAAGUAAACAUCACCACCAACUUCUACGUGAUCAAUGAGCCAUGGCUUUACUCCCUGGCGUGGUGCUCUGGGGCACACUCUGUGACCACCAAUUCUGUCCACAUGCUGAAGAACCUCAGCCAGCCACUCUUCCUCAUGACACCACAGCAGUACAACAUCAUGUGGAUCCUGACAGAUCUGACCUCUGUGCUCCUCAUCUCACUUGUCUUCACUCUGCACUGGUGGCGAGAAAGGACCGUCUCCUGCUGUCCCCAAGAAGAUGGCUCCAUGCUGGAGGGUGGAACCUACAACAAGUUCAGGACAGAGCUCAGUGACAUACCUACUGUCGUGGCCUGA